AUGGAAGAAGAUGAUGAGACAAAUAAAGGGAUGGGCAAGCAAAUUCUCAUUCAGUUUGUGAAUCAUGAAAAUAAAGCAACAGGCCCUGUAAUCAAUGUACCAUUAAGUAUUACAAAAGAUAACUUAGAUGAAAUUAUAAAUGACCUUAAGAAAAAAAAUGAAGAUUUUACCCAAGAUGAUAAUUCAGAAAAUCUGAAUUAUUCAUUUAUGAUAAAUGAUAAGUUGGCUAUAAAAAAUAAUUUGUAUGAUACUAUUAAACAUAAUAACAUAAGUAGUGAAGAUGUAUUAUCUAUAAAAUAUUUUCCUUUAAAUAUUUUUAAAAUCAAAAAAAUUUCUACUUGUAAUUCUACAUUGCCAGGUCAUACAAAUUCUAUUCUCUCUAUAGCAUUCAGUCCCAAUAGUGCACAUUUAGCUACAGGAGCAGGUGAUAAUACCGUUCGGCUAUGGGACAUUAAUACGCAAACACCGAUUGCAACAUUAAAAGACCACAACAAUUGGGUAUUAGCAGUUUUAUUUUCUCCCGAUAAUCAAUUUUUAGCUACGUCUGGCAUGGAUCAAAAUGUUUGUAUAUACGAAACAAGCACAGGGAAAUUGCUAAAUAUAUUAACUGGACAUAAAAAGGAAGUAACCACUUUAUGCUUUGAACCUUUGCAUCUCCUCAGCAAAAGCAAUAUACAGAAAAAUCCAGUUCAUAUUAGAAAGAGAAAAAAAACAGAUGAAACAAAAAGAGACACAAAAAGAUAUCCCCCAAAAUGUAGAAAUGAUGCCUCCCAAAGUAAUACUGUUGAUAAUACAGAAUUGGGCCCCAUUUCUGGACAUAACAAAAAUGGGGAUAACGAAAUGACAAUUGAGGAAUCAUCUGCACAUAUAAAUCGAGACGAACCAGAGGAAACGACACAAAAGGGUAAAAGGGAAAUGGGUGACCAAAACGGAUUGAAACGUGACAAUUCUGAUCAACAGGAUCAGCAGGAAAAGAGUGACACAUCAAGAGGGAGCCAGACGAAUGAAACGAAAAAAAAUGGAAACAAAAAAGAUACCUAUUUUGUGAGAAGUAGACUAGCCAGUGCAGGAAAAGAUGGGUGCAUAAGAAUCAAUAAUAUUCUAAGCAAUUCGGUUGAAAAGGUCCUAACGGGUCAUACGGAUACAAUCACAUGUAUAUUGUGGUCUGGAAUGGAUGAAAAAAGUAGCAGAAUUUAUAGCAGUUCUAGAGACACAACCAUCAAAAUAUGGAAUUUCAAUGAAGGCACGCUCAUUUACAAUUUUAAAGGACAUAAACAUUGGGUCAACUGUUUAUCAUUAAACACAGAACGAAUUAUAAAAAAUGGAAUAUACAAUUUAGAUGUCAUAAUAAAUAAAAUGCAUAUUGAAAAUAAUAUUGAAAAGUCUAAAAAUAUUUAUAAAAAUUUUUUCAAACAUACAAAAAAUGAAAAAGUUGUAAGUGGAUCAGAUGAUGGUACACUUUAUCUAAUUGAAUGUCUAAAAAAUGAUGAAUUUAAACACACUAGAUUAGUAGGUCAUCAAAAAACGGUUAUAUAUACACAAUUCUCUCCAGAUGGAAAAUUCAUUGCAUCAUGUUCUUUUGAUAAAACUGUUAGACUCUGGUCAGGCUUAGAUGGACAUAUGUUAGCAGUGUAUCGUGGUCACGUUGGUUCUGUUUACAAAGUCGCAUGGUCUAUUGAUAAUAAUUACAUAGUUUCAUGUAGCCAAGAUAGUACCUUAAAAUUAUGGAAGGUCAGCCAUCUCUCUGUCCAUUUAAAACAGAAACAAAGUGAAGAAAAGAAAGAUCUUGCAUAUCCCAUAUCCAAUGAAAAUGUCAAAGAGAUAGAAAAAAAUAACAAUUCGAAACACACAAAUGAAAAAAAAAACAACUCUGAUGGGGACAAAAUCAAAAAAGUCAAAACGCUACUUGUGGAUUUACCAGGUCAUGCAGAUGCUGUAUACGCUAUCGAUUGGUCAAACGAUGGAAAAUUUGUGGCCUCAGGUGGGAAGGAUAAGCUUUUAAAAAUAUGGUCCCACUGA